AGGGACCAAAGUAAAUGUGGCCAAACAGCCUUACAGCUGGUUGCAACCCAGACAGCGAACUGUCGUUUCCGGGUUUUGGAAGUACUUGCGGCGGAAGUACCUCGAGCAUGGCCUACCUAAAAUCGGCUCCGUAUCCGGUUCCGGGUUUGGGACUUCACGCGCUUCCGGGCGUUGACAGUUUGCACAGCUCCAUGGCCGGCUAUCCAGGAAGUAAUCAAAGAAAGCAGAGGAGAGAAAGGACCACAUUCACCAGAGCCCAAUUGGACAUCCUAGAAGCCCUUUUCGGAAAAACCAGAUACCCUGAUAUUUUUAUGAGAGAGGAGGUGGCCCUGAAGAUAAAUCUACCUGAAUCCAGAGUCCAAGUUUGGUUUAAAAACCGCCGAGCAAAAUGCAGACAACAGCAAAAACAACACAACCAGCAGCAAAACGCAGAUAAAACAACGAGAAUCAAAACGAAAUCGGCGGCAGUAAUAACGAAAUCAUCUCCAACGCCAGUUUCGAGCAAUAAUAACACAAGUACAAGUUCUUCGGCAAGCUCGCCAUCGGUACACACAGCGCCACACCUUAGAGACAGUCCGAACUACGUGAAGCCUCAACUUUUGACCACCACGAGCAGCACUAGCCCCACAACGAUCGUUUCUUCGACUUAUACGAAUCCAGGGAAUACUAGUAUUUGGUCUCCGGCGUCCAUAGACAGUUUUUCCUUGGACCAACAUAGAUCUUGGUGCGCGUCGACGCAGUCUUCUGUUUUAAGCACUACGAAUUCAUCGACUAAUUGUUACAAUAAUUAUCCGUACUAUUCGAAUAUGGAUUAUUUGAGCUCUUCGACUGUCGGACAUGGACAAUUCGUGGAAAAUGGUAUUGAAUCGAGUUGGGGGAAGUCCAGAGAUGAGUCUUGGUUUUAUAACUCAAGUUGGGAACGAAAAUGAGACCCAGUAAAAUUAGAAAAAAAAUAGAUUCAACAUUAUUGUACAUAUGUAUCUAAGUAAUUUAUUUAUGCUUUGUCCAAAAAUAAGAAAAUAAUUUUCAGACAUAUUUUUGAAGAAGUCAUAUCAAAAAUGUAAAUAUUAGUUCAACUAUUUAAAUGAAAUUGUACAGUUUUCGACCAAAACAAUAAAUAACGAAUUUAAGAAUAAAAUAACGAAAAUGCUAGUCAAAAUCUUGUGCCAAUUUUUAUGUAAGUCAUCGAAAAGAAAACCUUAUAAUUUUUAUUAAAUAUUUUUCAUUGUGCAUAUCUUUUAGGUAUAAAUAAAAAUAAUUACCUGGUGUGGGCUAAAUAUUUUUAAAUUGUUCAGUGAUCGUUAGUAAUGUUAUUUUAAGGCCUAAAAAUUAAAAUAAAAUAAAAAACUAGGAUCCAUGUUUUAUGUAAAACAAUUUAUUUGUUUUGUAUACAAUCCCAAAAAAUUCAAAUAAAAACGUUACUGUAUAAAUUUGUUUAAGACUUAACAUUAUAUAACAAAUAUUCAACAAGUUCUUUUCUAGUUUUUUUGUCCAAAGAUUUUAUAUGUUCCUCUGCAUUUUCUUUUGAACCUUUUUCCUCAAUAAAAAGUUCACUGAGUUUUUCCACAUUUGGCUCAAACUUUUUGCACAUUAUGUCCUUUAUUGGUAUGUCAUAAUAUAAUAUUAUC